CGCAAAUGUUGGCAGUGCAAUCUGGAGUCUUCGUCUUUGUCAAUCUCCAUAGAAAGCGGGGACUCUGAAGAAGAUGGCUGCUCCUUUUGGCACUUAAUAUUCAUCUCUCCCUAUAGCAUCUUGGUAAAUGAAAGCUUGUGAGGUCAAAAGUGGCCGGGACUGUCAUAUGACCGACCAGAACAAAGGCGCUACUUUACCUGCAAUUGAUGAUUUCGCAGAGGAAGGUCACAGGCUGAAGUCCAAGAUUCGCGUUGCAGAAGCUCAACAAUGGCAGUCGCACGUCCACGGUGGUGGUCGAUGAACAAAAGGGCAUCAACCUUUUGUGAUCCUCUGGGAUGUCAUCAGAGUCUCCUGCUGUUGUUGGGAGCUGUGAUGGUCCUUCUUGCGCUAUUUGGCAAAUUUGGCGCCCUCAGUAGCUCACAGGAGCUGCUUUCCGUUGCUUUUGGUGACCCGGCCAAGUUCAUUCUCCCUUGUAAUUCUAGCGCACCGUGCAAGCAGAGUGUAGCAUGGGCGGGCUUUGAUGAAGCUAGCAGGAACCUGGCCCGAGACGCCAGAGAGGCACUGGGAGUGUGGCGCAAGCGUGGGGGUUUCAGCACGCAACAGGUUGAGGACGCUUUGGUCACGUGUCGGCAGCGGUUGACGCACGCGGCCUGCACUCGCUUUGCCGUCCAAAACGGCACGCUCGUGAUUCUCAGUAGUGCGGGCCACCCGUUUGAACAAGUCUGGGUAGAUCAACUCAUGUACCUCAACGAGCGGCACGGCCUCCCCGAGCAUUUGGACUUUGUGAUCCACUACGCAGACAACCCGGUUAUGAGUAUCACUGAUCCUGAGGCCCCAAUCUUCGCGUCAAACACGCAUGUUGACAGAAUAGAUGUUGGGUUGCCUGGGUUCUGCCGUGACCAAUUUGAUCUCACUGGUUCAAAGGCCGCGAGGGCGCGGCAUCCUUGGAGGGAACGCAAGAACAUGGUUGUUUGGAGAGGGACGUGUACCGGAGGCUAUCCGACGCUGGAAACGUGGCGGGACUUUCCUCGUGUCAAGCUUGCCAACUUCACGAGCAAUUACCCCGAGUAUUUCGACGUGAAGCUCGUCAAGGCAUGCACCGGAUGUCCCGAGGAGAAUGUCUACGACGAAAUGGCGAAAUUCAUACCCACCACAGACGUCCACAUGUCGAGGGAGGAGUUGCGGACUUACCGCAUGAUUCUGGAUAUCGAUGGAAACGCCUUCAGCAACCGCCUCCGCUGGAUGACUAAGGAAAAUUUCCUGAUCUUCAAGGUCCAAACACCACACUCUGAGUAUUUCACGAAGUAUUUUCGUGAUGGUGAGCACUUGUACGAGGUAAAAUCGGACUUUUCGGACCUGGUAGAGAAGGUACAGUAUGCGUUGGAACACGAAGAAAAGACCCUAGCAAUGUUGGAGGCCGCUGCUAGGCAAAGUCAUCUAUAUCUUGGAAGGGGUAUGUGGGAAUUCUAUUCUCUUGCACUAUUUCACGAGUACAUGGAACUUUUUAAUAGAACAGGUGUGACGUGA